AUGUCAAGUCCAGCGAAACGGAAAGCUGAGAAGGAUAUAUCGCCACCAAAACCAAAGAAGACUAAGACAGCGACGAAGGCCAAGACUGAGAUUCCCGCGUAUCAUCUUACACCAUCAAGACAGGACGAGUCAGGAGAGAAUGUCUGGCCGGCCAGGAAGGAGCAAAUUGAACGCGCGCGAGAGAUCAUCAGAGAAUGUGCUGAAGCGCAAAAGCCAACAGUCAUCUUACCCGACAAGGAUGCAGACGGACUUUCCUCUGGUGCCAUACUUCAUCAUACUCUCACCGCUCUAGGUCUCUCACCUAAUCUAAUAUCCGUUUACUUCCCACCAAAAGGCUCUAAUGUACAUGAUGAAAGCACAAGGCAAGCUCUCACAGCCAUGAAGCCGUCCUAUAUCUUCAUUCUAGACCAAGGCAGUCGGAAAACACCGCCUGUCAUCGACUCACCACAUACAUGCCUCGUGGUAGACCAUCACUUUGCAGAUGAGGGCGGAUUCCCAGAAGGAAACCUUCACGACAAGAUAUCAUGGUUAGCAGCACUAGGAACCCACGGUGAUCUCGGAAGCAGCAUAAAGUGGGAACCCCCCUUUCCAGACAUGGUGGCAACAUUCAAGCAACACCCGAAGAAGUCCAUCAACGAUGCCGUAGCUUUAGCCAAUGCACCACGUAGAUCAGCAGCAUACAACGUGCACGACGCCUGGGACGCCGUCGUUUCCGCGAGCAGUCCCGGAGACAUCUCGAAAGUCGACAAGCUGAAAGAUGCAAGCAUGGAGGUCAGACGGGAGACCGAACGCUGCACCCACACAGCCCCGAAGUUCUCUGCUGACGCGACGAUUGCCGUUCUGACUAUAUCAAGCGCCGCGCAAAUACAUCCCGUCAUCGCGACACGCUGGUCUGGCACCCUCAAGUCCAACAAAUUAGAGAUCGUCAUGUGCGCAAACGAAGGCUAUCUCCCCGACAAAGUCAACUUCUCAUGCCGCGUUGCGAAAUGUGCGAGAGCGCGCGAAGGAGAGGAGAAGGUCGACAUCAUCAAGAAGCUUGAGGGCAUAGUCGCAGGCGACGAGGAGCUGAGGAACCGCCUUGGAGAGAGCUUUGCGAGGGGUCACAAAGAGGCCAGUGGGGGGAUUGUGGGGAAGACCGAAUGGCAAGAGUUUAAGAAGUUGAUGGGUGUAGGGGAAGCGAAGAAGAAGGCGGAUGGAAAGAAGGAGGAGAAGCCGACGCAGAAGAAUACUUUGGCGAACUACUUCGGGAAGAAGGAUAAGAGCGUCAAGGUGGAAGGUGCUUAG